CAAGAUGGCGGCGCGGCGCAGAGCGGGCCGGGCGCUCACGCCAUGUUGGGGCUCAUGGCUGCGCGCCAGGCCGGGCUGGACGACCCCGAGCGGCUGCGCCGGGCCGAGCGUACCCGGAGGGUUCUAAGUUUGGAAUUAAAUAAAGAUAGAGAUGUGGAAAGAAUACACGGAAGUGGUAUCAACACCCUUGAUAUUGAGCCUAUUGAGGGAAGAUACAUGUUAUCUGGUGGAUCGGAUGGUGUUAUUGUACUUUAUGACCUUGAAAACUUGAGCAGGAAACCAAGUUACACGUGUAAAGCACUUUUUUCUGUUGGAAGGAGUCAUCCUGAUGUACAUAAAUUCAGUGUGGAGACAGUCCAGUGGUAUCCUCAUGACACUGGCAUGUUUACAUCGAGCUCAUUUGAUAAAACCUUGAAAAUAUGGGAUACAAAUACUUUACAACCUGCAGAUAUAUUUCACUUUGAGGGAACAGUCUAUAGCCAUCACAUGUCUCCAGUUGCUACAAAGCAUUGUUUAAUAGCAGUUGGUACCAAAAGCCCCAAAGUACAGCUUUGCGACUUGAAGUCUGGAUCCAGUUCUCACAUUCUGCAGGGUCACAGACAAGAAGUAUUGGCAGUGUCGUGGUCCCCACGUCAUGAAUAUAUUUUGGCAACAGGAAGUGCUGAUGGUAGAGUAAAAUUAUGGGAUGUCAGGAGAGCGUCUGGAUGUCUGAGUACACUUGACCAGCACAAUGGGGAAAAGUCCAAAGCAUCUUCUGAGACAGCAAACACUGCUCACAAUGGGAGAGUUAAUGGUUUAUGCUAUACAAAUGAUGGACUUCACCUGCUAACCAUUGGCACAGAUGAUCGGAUGCGACUCUGGAACAGCUCCACUGGAGAAAACACCUUAGUGAACUAUGGGAAAGUCUGUAAUGAAAGUAGGAAAGGACUCAAAUUUUCCAUCUCUUGUGGCUGUAAUCCAGAGUUUGCCUUUGUUCCAUAUGGAAGUACCAUUGCUGUUUAUACAGUUUUCACAGGGGAGCUGAUAACUAUGCUUAGAGGGCAUUAUAGUACUGUCAACUGCUGUGUAUUUCAACCUCAUUUUCAGGAACUUUAUAGUGGUAGCAAAGACUGCAAUAUCCUUGCGUGGAUACCAGCUCCGCGAGAGCCAGUUCCUGAUGAUAUUUCCGAAAAGUCUCUGCCUCAACAACAUUUAAAUCCAGCAUAUGAAGAUGCAUGGAGCAGCAGUGAUGACGAAGGCUGAAUUUAAAUUAUGACCUGAUAUAAAGUUGACAUUCAAGCACUGCAUUCUCAGACUUUAUCUUCAGAAUUGGACAUUGUUGGAUUUAUCACAACUGGAUUUUAGGUACAGUUCUGUUAGAGCAAGGUCUUUCAGAAAUUAGUUUCCACUGUUCUCUGUGUUUCUUUUUCACUGUAAAGUUAAAUCCAAAGGAUUACUUUUUCAUACUUGCUGACUUUUGUACUUACACAUUGGUAUACUUUAUUCAGUGUCAACCAGCUGAUACAGAAAAAAUAAAAGCCCUUGGGACCAGUCAAAAUUA